AACGCUGGCGCCGAGCAGCCCCACGCAGAGCAGAGGUGUCAACACAACACAGGUUUUCCCGGAGGAGGCAGCAGCAGGAGGCGCCGCGGGGACCAGCCUGCUGACACCCCCGGGCAUGACGGUUCUUUCCCCGUGAGGCGCCGCGCCGUGCCCCCGCCGUCACCAUGAAUUUGGACCGGACGGACAUCGUGUUCGUGGUGGAGAAGAGCGUGUCCAUGAAGACCUACCUGCCGGAGCUGCUGGAGGCCUACGUGACGCCCGCCAUCUCAUUGUUCGGUGGAGGCUUAUCAGAAGAGUCCGAUGUAUUCUUCACACAGAGUAGCAUGGUCCAAUAUGCUUCGGUCUUCUACGGCACCGAGCUCUCCCUCAUAGGGGCAUGGGGGCAGGUGGAGUGCUUCGGCCCCACCUGCUCCGAAGCAGAGAUCCUUAACUCUAUUAAGAAUGCACGCUACACUGGCAAGAACCUGACCAGACAAGCGUUUAUCUUGGAUGGCCUUCAAGCUGCUCUGAACAUGUUUGACACCAUGAAGCAGCGCAGUCCCACUGGGGAGAAUGUGCAAAGGUGUUGCAUCCUGGUGACCCAGAGCACACCCAUGAGCAACCCCUGGUCCCCCACCAACCCAGAGAAGGUCAUCCUGGACCUCAAGAGGAAUAAGAUCCAGCUGUCGGUGGUGUCGGCCCACAAACUAGUGGAGCUGUACUGCCUCUUUGAUGCUGCUGGAGGAGACCACCAAGCCACCCUCAACAAAAACUAUGCCAGCAAACCCCAGCACUUGGUUCUCCUUCAGGGCUUUAGAACCUUGGUCUCCAGUUUACAGGAACGAGCGCUGAGCCCCUCGUUGAUGGUGUACUCCCAGAACACCUCCGUAGCCACACCCCCAGCCGCACCCACUGCCCACAUGCAGACACAAGGGGUUAACGUGCCCACACAGCCUGGCCCAGGACCAUCCCCAAACCCCUUAGGUCCUGGGGCCACCACUCCUUCCCCGGGCCCUGUCACUGGGGGGUCUCCAGCUCCACCCCAGCCUAUUCAUGUAUGUGUCGGCAAGAUGGUUCGGCCUGGCUCUGUGAACCCCAUGGUAGUGAACCCCUCACAGCCCUGUGGCCACCCCAACCCCCAGGGAGUGGCUGUGGUUCGGCCGCCCAUGAUGCAGAGAAUGAUCAACCCCUCCAGACCACGCUGGCCCACAGACAACGUUACAGGAGGCACCAACACGCCCCCCAUGAACACUUGGCUCGCCCCCAACCCGCGGCCGCAGGUAUUAUCUUCCAUGAUGCUGAACCAGCAGCCACAGCCGCCAGUCCCGCCCGAGGCCAUGGGGCCUAAGCAGCAGCAGCAGCAGCAGCAGCACCCUACAUCCAUGCCAAAUGUCGACGCCAGCAUGAUCAACAGCAACAUCCAAGGCCAAGGUCCACAACAGCCCCAGAUGUCUGUAGGCGUAGCUGGCAUCAACCCUGCCAUGAACACCCCCAACCAGCGGACGGUGGUGUGGCAGGGCACGCUGGAGUGGCAGGAGAAGAAAAACGACAACAACAGCAGAGUGGUGCAUCAGGUCACCUGCAGAAUGACCUCCUUGGUGGUUAAUGGGGAGCCUGAAGUCAAAGCAGACCACUGGGCCACCACCCUCAUAAUGCAGAUGAUCCCCAAGCACAUCCUGGGCUCCAUUGGCAACACUUUCUUCAAGAACGUCAAGACCGUCAUGUUCCUGCCCGACCAGAGCCACGCCCUCGAGAUCCUCACCAACUUCCUCUUUCGUGGCAUGGCCGGGUGUGUCCAUGUGUCCCAUCCUUCACCACACCCAUCACCACACCAGCAGAGUGAUGUCAAGGUGAUCAUCCUUCUCUACUCCAGCGAGAAGAAAGCCUACGUGGGCUUCGUCCCCAUUGACCAGCUGUCUUUUGUCAAUAAGAUCAAGAGUGUCAUCCAAAAUGCCCGCAAAACACAGACCACAAACAACAUGAUGGGGGCUCCCACGGCCGGCCCCAGCAUCCAGGGAGCCGGCACUCCCCACAUGGUAGUGCCAGGGAACACAGGCCUCCAGUCACUCCCCUCCGGGGCUGCAGGUUCUGGCAUGAAUGUGAUCUCUACCCAGAGCAUGAUCAUCCACAACAACCCUCAACUGACUCAGGCCCUCAGCCAGCCCAUCAGUCAAGGUGGCACCAACUUGCUUGGGGCAAACCAGAUGACCCAGAUAGCAGGUGGGGGGGUAUCCCAGGGACCUGGGGGGCCAACCAGUGUGCAGAUGACCCCUGGCCAAUCAGUCCUGGCCACUCAGCUCACCACACGGCCAACACUCAACAUACAACAACAGCAACAACAGCAGCAGCAACAACAACAACAGCAAACAGAGUUAUUGCAAAUGAGACAGAAUCAGCAGCAGCAACAGCCACAGCAGCAACAGCACCACACACUGCGGCAGCAGGUGCACCAACAACGACCUGGCCUGACCAUGAACCUGGGCCAGCCAGGGCCAGGUGGGACACCUACCCUGGGCCAACCACGCAUGAUGCAGCCCAUGCAAGGCACCGGCCUCAAGCAGCUCCUCCAGCAGCAGCAACAUGUGAGGCUUCAGCACCAGCAACAGCAGGUGCAGCAGCAACAGCAGCAGCAGCAACACAUUAUUAUGAUGCAGCAGCAGGGCAUGAGGCCACAGAUGGCAGGGCAGCCCCAGCAGGUGAUGGGCCAGGCCAUAGGGCAGCAGACCCUAGGCCAGCAGACUCUGGGCCAGCAGAACAUCAGUCAGCAAGGGAUGGGUCAAGCACUGCAAGAUGGGUCAGAUUAUAUUGGGGACUUAUUGUAAACAGGUGCAUAGAUAUAUACAUAUUUGUUUUUUACAAGCAAAAGCUAAGUAUUCUUCCACCAGGGAACUUGGUGCUGCUCAUUGGGUGUAGUACACUGUAUCUGUGACUCCACCACCUGUGCUGCGCACACACACACACACACACACACACACACACACACACACACACACACACACACACACACACACACACACAGACACACCUUGCUGGCUGAGUCACGGCAGCACAAAUAGUGUUGCUGAGAACUUUGACAAAAAGGAAAGUAUUUGGUACAAGAAAUCUCAGUAUUAUUGAUCUAUACUGACCUUUCUGAUUUUCUUUGUGUACAAAAGAAACAAAGACUGUACAUACAUGAAGUAAUGCUUGCUUGAAGAGCAGAUGUACUUGUUUCAAUAUGGCCACUUGAGAGUAACAUCCAUCACUCAUUACCUCAUGUGAAUUAAGUUGAAUUAAUUUCUGUUCAAAUUUUGACCAUUUGAGCCAAAGAGCCAAAAGUGAGUUUACACAAAACUCAUGUUUUUGGCAUCUCAACCAUUUAUGUCCACAAUUGUCCUUAGUAAUUAAGUAAUGCAGUGGAUGGUGAUGCCUUUACUGUUGAUGAAAGAGAACAGUGUGGCAGAUAUUUAGGAAUAUGGUUUUACAAAUUCUGACAAUUUUACAGUUGUAUAAUGUGCUCUAAUCAUUAAUAAACUUGACUCUUCCAACUUCAGGCAAAAAGGUCUACUUUUCACGACUAAUUAAGUAUCUCAAGCAAAAUAUUUUUUUAUAUUCCUCUCAUGUGAUUGUUUUUACCUUGAGCUUAUAUUUAUUUCCAUAUAUUUUCUUAUAUAGUGGUAGGUUAUUUGUAUAACUUGAUCAAACAAAAUUUACUGU